AUGGCCACAGCCUUGGAGUACGAGGGAGUCCCUGGCCAGUGGGCGCGGUACGGCCGCUGGGAGGCCAAGGUCACAGGCGAGCUGAGCUUCACUCUGAAGACCAACAUCAGCAAGGCCCUGGUGCUCUAUUUGGACGAUGGAGGGAACUGUGACUUCCUGGAGCUGCUGAUCACAGACGGCCGGCUGCAUCUGCGCUUCACCAUCCACUGUGCAGAGCCUGCCUCCCUGCACACGGAGACCCACGUCAAUGACCAGCGCUGGCACCGCGUGCUUCUCACCCGCAACUAUAGAGCGACCACCCUGGUGGUGGACAACGAGGAGAAGGUGGCCGAGGUCAAGUCCAAGAGGAGUGAGAUGGUGGUGGCCAGUGACCUUUACGUAGGCGGCAUCUCGCCAGACGUGCGCCUAUCUGCCCUCACGUCCAGCACCGUCAAAUACGAGCCACCCUUCCAGGGCCUGAUCACCAACCUGAAGCUGGGGGAGACCCUCCCAGUGCUCCUGGAUGGCCAGAGUGUUCAGAAUGAUUUGGAAUACCUGUGUAUUAAACAGAACCCCUGCAGCAACAGAGGCCUCUGCUCCAUCCACCAGGGAGAGGUCCUCUGUGACUGCACCAACACUGGCUACAAGGGAAACUACUGCCACGAAGCUGUGAAUAAAACACCGGGUCUGGCGCACAUGAAGUCAAACCGCCAAGCACAAGAGGAGUCCGUGGCCACCUACAAAGGCAACGAGUUUUUCAGCUAUGACCUGUCUCAGACACCCAUCCAGAGCAGCCUGGACGAGAUUAGUCUGUCCUUCCGCACGCUGCAGAGGAACGGACUCCUGCUCCACACCGGGAAGUCAGCUGACUACGUUAACCUAUCCCUGAGGAGUGGCGCUGUGUGGCUGGUCAUCAACCUCGGGUCCGGGGCCUUUGAGGCCCUGGUGGAGCCUGCCAACGGCAAGUUCAACGACAACGCCUGGCACGAAGUCCGUGUCACACGCAACCUGCGCCAGGUGACCGUCUCUGUGGAUGGGAUCCUGACCACCACCGGCUACACCCAGGAGGACUACACCAUGCUGGGCUCAGAUGACUUCUUCUACGUCGGCGGGAGUGCCAACACGGCUGACCUCCCUGGCUCCCCGGUCAGCAAUAACUUCAUGGGCUGUCUCAAAGACGUGGUCUACAAGAACAACGAGUUCAGGCUGGAGCUGUCUCGCCUGGCUGCAGAGCGGGACCCUCAGGUCAGUGUUCACGGCGACCUGACCUUCCGCUGUGAGGACGUGGCGGCCCUGGAGCCGGUCACCUUCGACACGCCCGCCGCCUACCUCACCCUGCCCAAGUGGAAAACCAAGAAGACUGGCUCCAUCUCUUUUGACUUCCGCACUACGGAGCCCAGCGGCCUGCUGCUGUUCAGCCACGGUGACAGGCGUCUGCAGGGCCCAGACAGACAGCCGGAGAGGCAGCCCAGGGCCGACUACUUUGCUAUGGAGCUCCUGGACGGCUUCCUCUACCUGCUGAUGGACAUGGGUUCUGGCAGCAUCAAGAUGAAAGCCAGCAACAAGAGGGUCAACGAUGGGGAGUGGUGCCACGUGGACUUCCAGAGGGAGGGGCGCAUGGGCCUGAUCUCAGUGAACAGCCGCAGCAUACCAUUCUCUGCUAACGAAGGCAGUGAGAUCUUAGACCUGGAGGGUGACAUGUACCUCGGGGGUCUGCCCGAGGCACGCCAGGGCCUCAUCCUCCCCCCAGAAGUCUGGACGGCCCCCCUCAACCUGGGCUACGUGGGCUGCAUGCGUGACCUGUUCAUGGAUGGGCGGAGCCGGGACCUGAGGAGACUGGCAGAGAUCCAGAGUGCCUCUGGAGUCAGCAGCUUCUGCACCAGGGAAACGCACAUCAGGUGUGGCAGAGACGUCUGUGCCAACGGUGGGCAGUGCCGCGAGGGCUGGAACCGUCAUGUGUGUGACUGCACCAGCACGGGCUACCUGGGCCCCAACUGUGAGAGCGAGGCCACGGUGCUGAGCUACGACGGCAGCAUGUACCUGAAGGUGACGCUGCCAGUCAGCAUGCACAUGGAGGCCGAGGACGUGGCGCUGCGCUUUAUGUCCCAGAGGGCAUUUGGGCUGCUUGUGGCCACUACCUCCCAGGACUCAGCUGACACCCUGCGUCUGGAGCUGGACGGGGGCCGGGUCAAACUCACCGUCAACCUGGAUUGUAUCAGGAUAGACUGUAACCUCAGUAAUACAGGUAAAGGCCCAGAGAUGCUGUUAGCAGGACAGAAGCUGAACGACAAUGAGUGGCACUCAGUGAAGGUGGUGCGUCGCGGGAAGAACCUGCACCUCUCUGUGGACAACGUGACUGUGGAAGGCCAAAUGACCGGUGCCCACACUCGCCUGGAGUUCCACAACAUUGAGACGGGCAUCAUGACCGAGCGCCGUUUUAUCUCCGUGGUGCCAUCUAACUUCAUAGGGCACCUGCAGGCCCUCUCGUUCAAUGGCGUCCCCUACCUGGACCAGUGUAAGAACGGAGACAUCUCCUACUGCGAGCUCAACGCCCGCUUCGGCAUGCGCCGCAUCGUGGCUGACCCUGUGACGUUCCACAGUCGGGCUAGCUGCCUGGCCUUCUCCACCCUGCAGGCCUACGCCUCCAUGCACCUCUUCUUCCAGUUCAAGACCACCAGCCUCGACGGCCUGCUGCUCUUCAACUCCGGAGACGGCAGUGACUUCAUCGUUGUGGAGCUGGUCAAAGGGUACAUUCAUUACGUGUUUGACCUGGGCAACGGGCCGUCGCUCAUGAAGGGCAACUCUGAGAAGCCACUCAACGACAACCAGUGGCACAACGUGGUGGUCUCCCGGGACAACAACAAUGUGCACAUCCUCAAAAUCGACUCCCGCACCGUCACCCAGCACUCCAACGGAGCCCGCAAUCUGGAUCUCAAAGGGGAGCUGUAUGUUGGUGGUGUGGGGAAGAGCAUGUACAGCAGCCUGCCCAAGCUGGUUGCGUCCCGGGACGGGUACCAGGGCUGCCUGGCCUCUGUGGACCUGAAUGGGAGACUCCCUGACAUGAUGGCAGAUGCCCUCCACAGGGUGGGCCAGGUGGAGCGCGGCUGUGGAGGCCUGAGCACAACCUGUACAGAGGACUCCUGCCAUAACCAGGGGGUGUGUCUCCAGCAGUGGGAGGGCUUCUCCUGUGACUGCACCAUGACCACUUACAGAGGAGCAUUCUGCAGUGACCCUGGGACCACAUAUAUCUUUGGGAGAGGAGGGGCCCUCAUCACGUACACCUGGGCCCCCAACGAGCGGCCGAGCACCAGAGCAGACCGGCUAGCUGUGGGCUUCAGUACUCAGCAGAAAGACGCCAUCUUGGUCCGAGUGGAGAGCACCAGCGGACUGGGAGACUACCUGCAGCUACACAUAGAACAAGGAAAGAUUGGUGUGAUCUUCAACGUGGGGACAGACGACAUCACCAUUGACGAGCCGGCUGUCAUAGUUAGCGAUGGCAAGUACCAUGUUGUGCGCUUCACACGCAGUGGUGGCAACGCCACCCUCCAGGUGGACAACCAGCCGGUCGAGCGCUACCCACCAGGGAACUUUGAUAAUGAGCGCCUGGCUAUUGCUAGACAAAGAAUCCCAUACCGACUUGGUCGGGUAGUUGACGAGUGGCUACUCGACAAAGGACGACAGCUGACCAUCUUCAACAGCCAGGCAGCGAUAAAGAUCGGGGGUCAGGAUAAGGGCCGGCCGUUCCAGGGCCAGAUCUCUGGCCUCUACUAUAAUGGCCUGCAGGUGCUGACGCUGGCGGCAGAGAGUGACCCCAGUGUCCAGGCUGAGGGGAACCUGAGGCUGGUGGGAGACUCCCUGUCUGUGCUGACCACUGAGACCACCUCCACCACCCCACUGGCAGCCUCCGACAUGUCCACCACCAUCAUGGAGACCACCACCACCAUGGCCACCACCACCACCCGCAGGCAACGCUCACCCAGCAUGAGAGAGAGCAUCUCCCAGAACUCGGAUGACAUCUUGGUGGCUUCUGCUGAGUGUCCCAGUGAUGACGAGGACCUGGAGGAGUGUGAGCCUGGAACAGGAGGUGAAUUAGUGUUGCCUAUAAUAACAGUGGAUUCCCUUGAGCCCCCAUCCAUCGCCACCCGUUACCCUGCUAUCCCCCCUCCUCCCACCUCCCUGUCCCCACUUGAGACCACCAAAGAGUCCCUGAUGCUGUCCAACCCUCACCCUCCCUGCCCCCCGGAUCAGGAGGACUGCGGUGACCCUGUGGAGGUCUCGGCCUUCGGUUCUGGGGAGAUGACGGAAUCAGAUGAUGAGGACUUUUACAAAAACUCCCCUCUGGUCACUGACAGGACAGUCCUGCAUCCUCCUCCUCCCCCCGCCGUCGGUGAGGGUGGGGCACAGAAACCCCACAAUCCCCGCCCCCCUCCUUAUGCUCCCACCACCAACCCUGACCAGCUCCACAUCCCCGCGGGCAAAAUGAACACCCGUGACCAGGUGCUUCUGCCCCCUGCCCCUCCGUCAUCCCGGUAUACACCUGGACUAACUUACCCCCCCAAUUUCCCCCAUGUGCCCACAGCCGACCCUACAGCCCCUGGUGAGAAGGUCAUGCACCCCGGCCUGGUGGAUAGGAUCGGGGAGUCCAGUAGCACCACAGGGAUGGUGGUUGGCAUUGUGGCAGCUGCUGCCCUCUGCAUUCUCAUCCUCCUCUACGCCAUGUACAAGUACCGCAACCGUGACGAGGGCUCGUACCAGACGGACCAGGGACACAACUUCAUCAGCAACCCAGUUUCCGAGGGCAACGGGGCCAUGGUCAAGCUCGAGAAGACACCAAGCACAACCACGGCUGCAGUAGCUAAGACAGUAACCAAGGGCAAGAAGAACAAAGACAAAGAGUAUUAUGUCUAA